AUGGCUGGAUGCACGUCGUUAUCUACGCUUGAUCUCGCGCUCGAGGGCGCAAGCCCCGGGCUUGUCACAUUACCUGUCAUGGUCCUCGCCAUGGUUAAGCAACCCAAUUGGGGAUUCGGCUUUCUUUUGGUCACCGACUUCACCGACUUUGAAAACAGCACAUACAACCGCAAAAUCGCCGUUCCUUCGAGUCUACCCGACACUUUCACUGUUGGAGGCCGUGUGCUCCGACGGAGCCAAAUCUUUUCUAUUCUGUUGAAGGCUGCACUACUAGACGGGUACUGGCAGGCGCUUCUGCGAUUUUCACCACGAAUGCGCGCAUACAAUUACAUGGACGAGAGGCUCGGAGUGAUAGCGCAGGAAGGCGUGGUGGCAAUGGUGAGUUUCCGAGUGAAGAGCUAUCGGGGCACGAUAGAGGGAUUUAUGUCACAUCUUCAUGUGGCGACACGUGCAGUUCUUGGUUCAAGAUCUCUUGCAGCCGAGUUUUCAGGCCAAGGUCUUGAUACGUUUAUGCGACGGUAUAUGGACUAUAUUGACGCAGACUUGUACGACCGCUUAGUGGCAGUCUUCCCUAUAGAAAAGUAUAUGCGGCGGCCGAUGAAGAGAGAGAGACAGAUUGGUACAGAGCAAGACAAUGGCAGCAAGGAUGGCAAUCAGAAUGGGAGGGAGGAAGAGAAUCAGAAUGGAAAUUUCACCGACCACGCGACGGCAAAUAAUGCGGCCGGGAUUGAGCAGGGCGAAGCCCAGGUGAAGGAAAAGUCGACCGACCGUGAGAACUCGCCCCACCUUUCAGGCGUACGCCCGGUUUUUGCUCACCCUUCUCACGGAAGCAUGCCCUUUCUCCACUGGCGCGCCCUACUGCCCGCAGACAUUGCGCUCGGCACAUCGAUUCAAACAUCAGGGUUUCUUCAAAGUCUCGAUCCACAUGUUUUUGUCAAACCUUUCCGCCGCACUUUGAAACUCGCGCCUCUCCGCUUCACUCUCACAGCGAAUUCUACUCUGCGGGCUUGUGCCUACGUGGAAAUACUCUCGGAUGCCGAAUGGUGUGCCUUUCUAGGAAUCUCCGAAAUUGAAGAAACGAUAGAGAAUGUACUGAAGCUCACGAGCCGCUUGGAGAGUAUGAAGGGUCGCAUAUUGCUGCUUGUUGUGGAAAGACGGCUGGUGUCUCUAUCGCAUGGAUAUAGUCGACCAUAUUGGGGCUUGGCAUCAUCUUUGGACGAUUUGGCGGAGCAAUAA